CCCAUGGGUGGCGGUAAUGCAGCGAAACUGAUCGCACGCGAAGAAGAUUGCCAAAAGGAAGCUUUCGUUUUUCUUUCCCACCCCGUUCUUCUCUUGAGAAUUUAGAGUUGUUUUGGGAUAAACUACGACUAGUUCAGUUGACCGGUCAAAAAACAAAACCUAUGUACGAUAAACGUUGAAUUCUCAAGAGGAUUCGCUCUACAGCUUCACAUUAAAAAGAAAGGAAACGGAAAGUUGCUGCCCGCGUUUGAGCCACUUCAGAAGUGACAUUUAUCGACGAGUCUUUAGAAAUACUGGGUGUCCAUCCUGGCCACGGUAAAGGGGGAGUAAUCACUUUUAAAACAUCAGGAUUGCGAUGGCAAUAUCUGAAUUGCGGGCCAGCACCUGAAACAAGGCAGGCCAUACAUAACGAGGUUUACAUCAUUGUAUUAUGCUCAAAUGUCACAUUUUCCUACAGAGUUGGGGAAUUGAUGUUUAAAUUGACAGUCAAAGACUUUAUGAGGAUAGAUUUUUAAUCCUUAUUGGAAUUUUCUAUUUUAUUGAAGUUGGUGAAGUUGCCAUUUUAGAAACGCUGUGACCAGUUGUGGCUUUUUAUUAAAUGCAUAUGGAAACUUAGCUUUGUUUUAUAGCAGCUGAAGUGAGAUUGGAUGUUUAACGGACAUUAUUUCCUGGAAAAUAAUUCUAAUAGUCAAAGUUAUCAUAUUUUGAUAUUUUUUGAAUAUUUCACAAUAUACCAUGUUCUCUGUUUACUAAGCGAUUUAACGUUAUACUUCAAAAGAGGCUACAUUUUGCUUUGUCAUGAUGGCUUACUCAAUGGACUACAUGCAAGAGUUAGGUGGAGGAGACGCCUUCAUCUGCACAGAGUGUGGUGAAGGGUUUAGUCAAUACCCAAAACUAGUCGAACACAUGGCCAUUCAUGGGCUUACUGACAUAUUUUCCUCUGAUGGUUUAAGCAUUAGUAAUGGAAGUUGUAUCAAUGCAUCCAUUGAGGUCGCUCUCCAUGAAAACGGAAUGCUCACAGUGGUUGAUCGAUCUGUGUUGUCUAACUUUACGUUCUUGUUUGGAAAACCUUCAUCCAAGUCAUUAUGGUGCCAACCCCCUAAUCAAGAAGCCUUGACUUCAUCUAAGAUACCAGAGAAGGAGUAUACUCAAUUUAAAUGUGAACGGUGUGGACAAGUGUUCAAAACCCCAAAGAGCUUACAACAGCAUCAGCAGUACCGUGCCCUUGAGCAGGGGUUCAAAUGCACUCUGUGCUGCCAGGUGUUUAAUGACCGGGAGAGUCUGCAGAGCCACCUUCAAAACCAUGCUCAUGAACGCUUUUAUAGCUGUGGACACUGUGGAAAGCGAUUCUUAAGACAAGAGACCGUACUGUCACAUCAAAAGCAGUGGCAUGGAUCUGUUGGUUCCAAGACUUUGAGUAGACCUGAGGAAAAUCAAAGAAAUAACAUGGUCAGGUCUUAUCCUUGCAAAAUUUGUGGCUUGUGCUUCUUUUGGUUGUCUGACUUGCAAAGCCACCUAAACAGUCAUUCUCGUGUCAGCCGGCCAUCCAGUGAGGUAACACAAAAACAAGAAAUGCCCGCGGAUGAAGAAAGUAAGAAAAAUGGCAUUAAUUCAGUUAAAGAGCCAUGUCGUUGUGGCCUGUGUGGGGAACCUUUCAACCAAAUUUCAGAUUUAAGAGAGCAUCAUAAAGCACAGCAUCCAGAUGAGGUUGAAGUAAAGGAGUCUUCAGGUUUACCAACUAAGAUGAAACAGCAGUACCAUGGUGUAAUGAGACAAAUGGUUACAAAACAGCAAAAGCUGCGAGUUGAUCCACUAAGGCCAAACAUAAGAGGAAGACCUAGAAGUGUGAACCGAGCCAAUUUUAGUGGUAAAAUAUUUUCCUGCAAACUUUGCCAUCGUGUGUUUUUACACUCAAGCAGUCUCUCUCGUCAUAUGCGUUACCAUAAGGGAACUCUGCACGCCUGUGUUUAUUGUGGAAGACACUUUCCACAAAGAUGUGAUGUCACAAGGCAUGUCGCCAUGUACCACAAUUCAGUGCUUCAACCUAAGGCUCCUGGGGAGUCAAAGACAGAACAUGAUGAUAAAAACAGUGAACUGGAACCUGCGAAAGCAUCAACACAAACAAAAAGUGAUGGUAACCCAGAAGAACCUGAAGAAAAUCAGCCCACAUCCAAGACAGUUGACCUGUUACUUGGUUCUCCUUAUAAAGGAGGUUACAAACCAAGGAUGAAGUACAAAUGCAAAGAAUGUUGUAGAGUCUUUGGGCUACUUAGUGUUUAUCGGCGACACGUGUAUUACCACAAGCGAAGUCCCUGCAAGGUUUUGCUCAGUUGCCCUCUCUGUCCAAGCCGCUUCACAUUCCUGUCUGCUUUAGAUCGCCAUCUUGAAUAUCAUCAUAAAGGAGACUCUGAAAAUCAUGGCACAAAACCUCCUGAGACUAAUGUGGUUGAUUCCAAAAGUCAACAAGGAGAUGCUGAUGCUGAAAAGCCUGAUAAAAAUGUUGAUAAUGGCAUGUCAUCGGAAGUACUGAAUGAAUCCACUGAAUGUUCUGAGACAUAGAGAUCCACAAAAUGGCCAAAAGUAUAUGGACACCCUUAUCUAAUGAACAGCUUUGGCUAUUCCAGCUAUUUUAGUGAAGACAAAUGUGAAUUCUCAACUCUAAAGUGGAAUAUUAUGUGCUUUCAAUUUUGUUUCAACAUCGAGAACCCUUUUUCUAUUCCAGCAGGGCAGUAACCCUUUGCACAAAGCAAUGCUCUACUGUUUCAGGUGUUGAAGAAAGUGAAUGGCACGCACAGAUUCACUACUGAGUACCUUUGGGAUGGAUUGGGAAUGCAGACUGUGAGCCAGAAUUUUUUGCUUGGUGUUAUUGCCUGACCUUCUUGAUUUUCUUGUGAAGCAAGUCCCUGUAACAGUUUUUCAUCCCAGAAGAGUGGAGUCUUAUUAUAGCAGCAAAAGGAGUGAUUAAUGUCAUACUUUUGAAAAUAAACGUUUGGCAAGCAUCAGAGAAUCAUUUAACCCAAAGGCAUUUCGGUCUUCAUGCAAACCAGCACUGUCCUUUUGGAAAAGAAAAGGGCCCUCCCCACAUAGUUGCAACAAAGUUGGAAGCACCGAAUACACAAGUAAAUUAUUGAAAAGUGUGAUGUUAAGAUUAGAAUUUUGCUUGGGAUGCUUGGAAUUGAACCUUCCUAAUAACUUGAUAAUUAGAAGAGAGUGUCCACAAUGAAGAUAUAAUGUAAAUCAGAAAGCUCAUAGUAAUUAACACACUUUUUUUUAGUUUUUGAUUGCUGUACUUCUGUAGCGUUUGGAUCCUCGGAUGUACCAAAUGAAUGCUGUUGUCUCAUGUUUGUUGCAUUUGUUGUAUAUAAAUGAUGUUUCCAACAAAAUUCUCAUUUGUAUUUUCCAAUUUUUGGAUAAGCAAUUCAAAUUCUUAUUCAAAGUAGGUGUUGACACAGUAUGCAUCCACAAACCAAAGGGACCUAUAUGAACCAUUAUAAUGAUCAUAAUGUUUGAAAUUUUUCCAAUGAUCUGAUGAAUUUAGAGUAAAACAGAACUUAUUCAUGUAAUUUGAACUGUCUUUGCAAGAAGUUGAUUCAAGAACACACUCCUGCUGUGAUUAUGAAAGUAUGUAUUUUAGCUAUACCUUUGUUUUUAUAACAGUGUAAAUUUUACUUCCCCCAACUGCAUAGGAUAUUAUUAUUAUUAUUAUUAUUAUUAUUAUUAUUAUUAUUAUUAUUAUUUUGUUGUUGUACAAAUUGUAUUUCUUAUUUUUUAUAUGUGGGGAUGCAAAACAUAUUUUGACAUCAGUAGGAUUUUUUUUGUCCAAGUCUAGUUCCGCUUGUUUAUAAAUAAAGACUAUUCUGUUUCCCUUUCUAA